CCCAGUCCCCUCCCUUUAUGGUUAAAAGGCUUGGGCUAGGGAGUAAAUUCCACACCGCGUUGUAAUAGGCAGGUGUCAAGACGCGCUUUAGAACCGGCUUUUAACCCUUUUUUGUGGGGGUUUUUCUGCCCUCCCUGAAGCUCUUCUGUAGAGGAGGUGACAACGAGAAAGUAACAUGUCGUAUAGUCAGAGCAGGACCGUCCGCACUUCUUCUACUCUGCUGAAAGACAACAGCUGGAUCAGAAGAGACGAGGAUGAGUUUGAGCCUGUCGACCGUGACCCGAACUUUGGCUCAUCUGUUCUGAGUCCAUACACAUCUGGUGACACCAUAAGCAGCGUGGGUGCAGAAACACAAAUUACCAAAAGCAAGUCAACAUCUGUGCAGGCUCUCACCAAGAGAUUCAGCAGCAGUCAGGACGAGCUGAGUAGCAGCCCCUACACCAUGUCGAAGUCCUACACCUCCAGCUCUUCCUAUUCAGGCACGGAUCCGAAUUCAAGCACGACGACCACCACAGUCAGCAGGGAUGGGAAAACAACCGAGACCACGGUCACUACAAGUCUCCGAAAAACUCCCUCCGAGACGUUCAGUGAGCGUGUGCAGUCUUCCAGCAAGGGGUCACUCUACUCAAACCUCUCACCGACCAGGACGACAAACUUGACGGAGACGUAUAGCAGCCAAAAAGACACUGAGGACAAACUGUAUGAUUCACUCCUCCCCAGUGCUCUCAGGGAUGACAUCAGCGACAGCCGGAGCUACAUUGACGAUAACGCCACCACCCGCAUCACCUCAUACUCUGUCAGCAGCAACAGCCUGCCCAGUGAGGACUAUGGCAAAAGCUACUACUACUCCUCCUCCAAACCCAGUUAUGAGUUCAGCGGCAUCAGCAACCCCACUGAGUACACCUCAACUAUCUACAGGAGCAGCAGCACCAACGACAUCCUGUCGGGACCCAUCUCCAAGUCUUCCGUCAGAACCUCGUAUACGUCCUCUGUUGGGAGCGGAUUUGAGAGGGAGCUGUGCACCUACUGCCAUAAGCCCUUCAACGGCGACGCCAAGAUGAUCUUGGAUGACAUGAAUAUCAACUGCCAUGCCUUCUGCUUUAAGUGCGAGGUGUGUAACGGCACGCUGAGCCACAUGAAAGCGGGCGACUACAUGUGGGUGUACAACCGCAUGGUGCACUGCGAGAGCUGCUUUGACAAGACCAGAGAAAAAUGGCGACGCUGAGUGACCCUCGCUUGGCUCCAAUGAAGAAAAGCAAGUGAUUUAAAAAACGUAUUAAAAUAUAUUAAUGCGUUUAAUCAGUUUGCGAUAUUUUUUAAUCAAGGUGUUUCUAGACAACGAUGAUCACAUGGAAUAUAUAUUUUAUUUCUAUUAUUUUCUGUAGGCUUUAAGGGACUCUUCUCAGUAAUAUGAAAACAAUACUGUGAUGUGGAUGGCCGGGUGUUUGUUCCUGUGUGCAAUAAAAGCAAUCACUGUAUUGA